ACCGAGAAGAAUCUGGAAACAUCCUCUUGGCACCUCCGCCUUAGAUAUUUAUAAACAUUAAUGAGGGCCCCUCUCUUCUCAAGGCUGAGCAGGCUCUGUGCAUUUUCUACAGAGCUGGAUCCCAGGUACCAUAACCUUAAGAAUGCAGUCAGUUUUUCAAAGAGUUGGCCCAUGUUCCUCCUGUUUGAAGAGACAACUAAAUGGCUUCCUUGGAUUAAUUAAAUGGCAGAGAAGACUGGUUCCUGCUUGUGUGAGAACAAUUUACAGUGAGACGGGGAAAUGGGAAAAAAACUAUGGGUUGGAGACAAGGAAACGAGUUGAAAAUUGGUGGUUCCCAAGAAUAAAGGAUCAGUUCUGCAGAAUUUCAGAAACUGAUAAAUCAAGACCAAAAUUUUAUGUGCUUUCUAUGUUCCCAUAUCCUUCCGGGAAGCUUCACAUGGGCCAUGUUCGUGUCUACACCAUCAGUGAUGCAGUUGCUCGGUUCCAGAAAAUGAGAGGGAUGCAGGUGAUAAAUCCAAUGGGAUGGGAUGCAUUUGGUUUACCUGCAGAAAAUGCUGCAGUUGAACACGGCCUUCACCCUGCAAGCUGGACCCAAAGUAACAUUCAACACAUGAGGAAACAGUUUGAUGCACUAGGUCUGUCUUUUACAUGGGAAAGGGAGGUAACCACUUGCUUACCAGAGUACUACAAGUGGACACAAUAUCUCUUUCUUAAGCUUUUUGAAGCUGGGAUAGUGUAUCAAAAAGAGGCCCUGGUUAACUGGGAUCCAGUGGAUCAGACUGUUCUAGCUAAUGAACAGGUGGAUGGUAAUGGUUGCUCUUGGCGUUCAGGAGCAAAAGUGGAGCAGAAAUACCUCAAACAGUGGUUUAUCAAGACAACUGCUUAUGCGAAGGCCAUGUUUGAUGCUUUAUCUGAUCUCCCUGAGUGGUAUGGUAUUAAGGAAAUGCAAGCCAAUUGGAUAGGUGACUGCGUUGGGUGCUCUCUUGACUUCUUGCUGAAGGUUAAUGGCCAAGUAACAGAAGAAAAGCUAGCAGCAUACACCUAUACACCUGAAGCCAUAUAUGGAGCUUCCCAUUUAUAUAUCUUACCAACUCACAGACUGCUGCAUGGGAAUAGCAGUCUCAAGGAAGUCUUUCAGAGGGAGUUCACGCCAGGGAAAGACUUGCUUACUUCAGUGACAGCUGUGAAUUUGCUUACCAAUCAGGAGAUUCCUGUAGUCAUCUCAGCAAAAAACAAUUUUGAUAAUUAUCUUGAUACUAAAAUAGGAAUUCCUAGUACUAGUGCAGAAGAUGCUGCAGUAGCUAAGAAUCUGGGCAUUUCUUUCACUGAAGUCAUUGAGAAGUUGCCAAAUGGUUUGGAGAAGGUCAUUAAUUCUGCAGAGAUCACUGGCAUGACUCGGCAGGAGGCUUUAAAAGCUAUUACUCAGCAGGCCAAAAAUAAAAGAAUAGGUGGAGACCUAACGAGUGACAAAUUGAGAGACUGGUUAAUAUCCCGGCAGCGCUACUGGGGAACGCCCAUCCCAAUCAUUCACUGCCAGGCGUGCGGCGCUGUCCCCGUGCCUUACGAGGACUUACCUGUGGUGCUGCCCAAUGUGACCACCUUCACAGGGAAGGGAGCCUCACCUUUGGAGAGCGCCCCAGAAUGGGUGAAUUGUUCCUGUCCAAGGUGCAAGGCAGCAGCAAGGCGAGAAGUCGACACCAUGGAUACAUUUGUUGAUUCUGCUUGGUACUACCUGAGGUACACUGACCCUCACAACACCAGCAGGCCCUUUAACAGUGACUUAGCAGACUACUGGAUGCCUGUGGAUUUGUACAUCGGAGGAAAGGAGCAUGCAGUUAUGCACCUAUUCUAUGCCAGGUUCUUCAGCCAUUUUUGCCAUGAUCUAAAGAUGACUAAACACAAGGAACCUUUCCAUAAGCUCUUGGUUCAAGGUCUUAUCAAGAAUCAGACAUUCAGAUUAACAACAACAGGCCAGUGUUUGAAGAGAGAGGAGGUUGAUCUCACCGGAAGUGAACCAGUUCACCUAAAAACUGGUGAGAAGCUCCAAGUUGCUUGGGAAAAAAUGAGCAAAUCUAAGUACAAUGGAAUAGACCCUGAGGAAAUAGUGAAAGAGUAUGGCAUCGACACCCUGCGCCUUUACAUUCUGUUUGCUGCUCCUCCAGAACAAGACAUUUUGUGGGAUGCUAAAACUGAUGCCAUGCCCGGCGUUCAGAGAUGGCAGGUGCGCCUCUGGGCACUUGUGACCAAACUUAUUGAAGCAAGAACUUCAGGAACCAUGCCAAAUCCUGAGCUUCUGAAUAAGAAAGAGAAGGCUGAAGCCAGAAGGAUCUGGGAGCAGAAGAAUCUGGUGAUUUCUGAGGUAACCGAGUACUUCACAAAGGAUCAUUUGUUCAAUGCAGCUAUUUCCCGAUUGAUGAGCCUCACAAAUGUACUCCAUCAAGCUCCUCGGCCUCUUGUCCUCCACAGCGCAGAAUUUGAAGAUGCUUUGGCUUCACUCUGCAUUAUGGUUGCACCUAUGGCUCCCCACAUUGCAUCAGAGAUGUGGAAAGGUUUGGCACAUAUGCAGAAUAAACUUUGUACUCAUCAUCACUGGGAUGUUGAUGUUCUGCAUCAGUCCUGGCCCAAAGUAAACCCAGAUUACCUUCAGCCAUCAGAUGUUGUGGAGAUGUCUGUACUGAUCAAUAACAAAGCUUGUGGCAAAGUUUUUGUGCCUCAGCAAGCAGCCCGCAAUUUUGAAGAAGUCCACGAGCUCAUUCUUCAGAGUGAGCUUGGAGUCAAGCAUCUCCAGGGACGAGCCAUUAAAAAGGCCUUUCUGUCUCCCAGAACUGCCCUUAUCAACUUCUUAGUGCAAGAAUAGUAAAGGCUCUGCUGGGCUACAGAAGGGAUCUGGAAUCUUUUGAGAUGGAAACCAAUGCAAAAAGAGCAGUUAUGGUUAUUUCACUUCAUGUAAAGGUGGGAAAGAAAUCUUAUUAAAAUUAGGUUGCUGCUAAGUCUUUCUCUCAAUGUGAAGAAAUAUGCAGAAUUAAAAGUUCUUAUUAAGUCAUGGUAA